ACCAGUGUAAUACUUAAAGAGAACAACUCCGAUGACUGUCAUAUUCACUGGAUGGACCGGCCAAGAUGACAGCCCAGGAGGGCUGAUCCUCUCCACUGGUGUCCUCCCAGCACCAUGCCAGAAAGAGGCUAAGAGCCAGCCAGCAUACCACAGAGAACACCUCCUCUUUACUGCCCUAAGCUGAUCCCAAGUGCCAGGAAGAUGGAGCCACACUUGCUGACGUGGGGAUUAUUCACAUUCAUCGUGAUACCCAGCUGCAUGACAGAGGACUGUGAUCAGGACCCACCAAGCAUCAGCUACGCCACCUCCAAAGCCCUCAGCUACAAGAAUGGCACCAUGGUAAACUGUGAAUGCAAGAAAGGUUUCCGCAGGAUAAAAAAUGGGUCAGUGUACCUGCUUUGUAGAGGAAGCUCUUCCUGGGCCAACAGAUGUCAAUGUGUAAGCACUUCCCCUAGGAACACAAGAGAACAAGUUACGCCUCAACCUGAAGAACACAAAGGAAAAAACGCCACAGAAAUGCGAAGUCAGAUACAGCCUGUGGACACAGGGAGCCUUCCUGGUGACUGCCAGGAGCCCCCUCCAUGGAAACAUGAAGCUGCAAAGAGAAUUUACCAUUUCAAGGUGGGACAGACAAUUCACUACCAGUGCAUCCAGGGAUACAAGGCUAUACAGAGAGGUCCCGCCAUAAGCGUCUGCAAAGUGACCUGUGGGGAGACAAAGUGGACCUGGCCCCAGCUCACAUGCAUAGCUGAUAGCGAGCUCCACUUGUUUGCAGGUCAGGAAGACUCUCCGGCAAGCACAGAGGCCCUUCCUGAAAGUGAGACUUCCUGCCCCCACACCAGAACAGAGUCUCCAAAAGAGGUGGAAACAGCCACCACCGUGGAGACUCCCAUAUUUCCAAGAGAAUAUCAUGUAGCAGUGGCCGGCUGUGUUUUCCUGCUGAUCAGCAUCCUCCUUCUGAGCGGCCUCACCUGGCAGUGGAGAUGGAAGAAGAACAGAAGAGCCAUCUAGAAAACCAGGAGUGGUAAGAAGCCAAGAACAGCCAAGGGGAGUCGUGAAGCAUAAGCAAAACCAAGGAAGUAAAACACUUACCCAGCAGACAUCUCUUGUGAUCCCUUAGGUUUUGAAAAGCUCUGAAGUAACCGCACGGAAACCCAUGGCUAAGCCAGUCUGUACCAUCAAAGGGUGUGUUCCAGCCUCUUCCGAGCAGCCAGCCCCAGGUCUUCAAAGGGAAAAUGGAGGAACGGCAAGAACACUCGGUGUCCUUUUUGUGUACAUGAGUUGAUAAAAGCUAGAAUGGUAUGAAACUAUACCACACACAACACAGAGAAAAGUACCUUUAUGUGGACUUCAUUCCAACUCCCCAGCUUGGAAAUCCCAAGCAAAGCCCAGCACUAAUAUAAAUAUACCCCACCACCACCCCAAGUUCCUGGACCUUAUCCAUGGGGGACCUUAUCCCUGUGGGUCUUCUCCCAGGCUCAGGCUGACGACCCCAUUCUCCUGGUUAUAUCAUUUACUGAACAUCAUGUAAGAACUCUGGGCUGGUAACAAGAAUGCUUUUUCUUUAAAAAAAAAAAAAAAAAAAAGCCCAGUCCUAUUAGGAAACCCCCUUCUAUUGUGACUUCAGUUUUUAUUUCCCAAAGAACAGAAGCUAAGGUAGAGUAACUCAAGGGUAACACCAAAAUAGGGCAGCCACGCCCAGGGAAUUGUACAGAAUCAGUAUUUGAAAGGAUUUCACUGGAGUCAGUGUCAGAAACAGAAGGAUAAACCAGGUCCCAGGUCAUGAAUUACACUUAUGGAAACGUUUUGCCUGUACACUGGGCCUCUUUAUAGGACUCUGCGUCUCUGGGAUGACUGCAAGUCAAACUCUGAAUCCGGGCUGCACGGAUGUAAUGUUCACAGGUAGAUACACAGUGUGCAAAUGUGCACUGUCCCGGUACCUGCCCCGGAAACACUGAAACGGGAUCAGUCCUUUCAAUGUCUAUGAGAGGAAUGAGAAAAGAAUGAAGAUGUGAUGGAGAGAUUAUAUUAACAAAAUUUAACUUUGGAAACUUUGGUAAAGAUAUUUCAACACCGCUGAAAUGCUACAAGAAGCUAGACAAACCAGAGUCACCUGGAGACCUAUUUAAAACUCAGAGUUUUGGACCCGUCUCAAAGUUUCUGACUCAUUAGACCUGGCAUUUACAUUCCUAGCAAGUUCCCGGGUGAAACUAACAAUCCUGGUCUGCAGGCCACACUUUGAGAACCCCUGGGUUUUCCCCAUGCACACCCACCCUCAAUCCUACCCCCUAAAAUCAUCCUCAGUGUUAAGGCUUUGAUGAAAUCUUCUGGGGAAGAUAUUGCCUGGCGUCCCAGUUGACUCAGUUGUUCAAAUUUAACAUCCGAUAUUUAAACUAUGGCCCAGUUUUCACUUCUGAAAGGGCAGAAUAAUGCUGUAAAAAAUAGUGGCAGAUUUCAGCAGAAUCUAGAUACAGGUUAUCAUUUUCUGUCCUUUCUGUGACCAACAAGGUACAAACCAGAGUUUCUCCAAAUAUAUGCCCCCUUCCCCAAAUAUGUUUUCUGGAUAAAGUCGAAAGGACUCAGACCAGAGAAAAAAAUGUUUUACUCUUACUUGAGUAAAAUUGAACAGUAUUAUUAUUACUCAAUUUGGGGGAGAGGAGGCUGUUACAUCAAAAAAUUGUUAUGAUAUGCUAUUUACCUAUUUUUGCUCUCCUUCCUCUCACAAGUGUAUGGUGGAAUUUUCCAAAAGCUACACAAUAAGUGAUGAUGUACGUCAUCACUCUGAUGUUAUUAAUAAAUGAUAUUUUUAAAAUUU